AUGUCCUCGUCACCAUCUGUUGUUAACAAUCAUCUAUAUCAUGAUACUUCAUCAUCGUCAUCAUCAUUGUCUAUUUCACCAUCUUGUUCCACUUUGGAUACUUCUCAAGAAGAAUUUAUUUUAUUAAAUGAUAAAUCUAGUCAAAAACAAUAUGAUUCUAUAUCAAAUGAUAAAAACAAUUCUAUGUAUUGGUCACAACGCUCAAGAAAUAAUUUAUCAGCUAAACAAUCACGUACUAAAAGACGUAUGAAUGAUUUUGUAUUAGAAACUAAAUUAACACAAUUAACUAAUGAAAAUGAAAUACUACGCGCAAAAAUGAAUAUGUUAAUAAGAAAAUUUGGCCAUUUAAUUAGUCAAAAAGAUAAACAAUUUGAAUAUGAUGAAUUAACAUCAGAUGAACAGCCAACUGUUUUAAAUAUUCUCGAUCAAUCAUCAACACAAAUAAAUCAUUCAAAUAAUCAUUUAUCAUUGACUACUACAACCGAACAAUUAUCUUUAGAGAAAUCUUCAAUACCAAUUAAAUGGCGUUUUAAGUUGUUAAAUAUAACAUCUGAUUCCUAA